CAAUUUUUCCAAUUACGAGAACCGGUUCACAAUGUAUGACCACACGAGCCGUCAAAUCAAUAACCACUUCUAUAGCUAUAAUGUCGGUCCCAUUCAUUUCAUUGUCUUCUCAUCGGAAUAUUACUAUUACGUUAAUUACGGGUGGAAUCAAAUUGAAGUCCAAUAUAAUUGGCUCGAGAAUGAUCUGAAAGAGGCCACAAAACCCGAGAAUCGGGCCGUCAGGCCGUGGGUUAUAACGAUGGCUCACCGGCCCAUGUAUUGCAGUACCGAUGACAGCGACGAUUGCACGCGAAAGGAGAGUAUUGUGAGGAAAGGGCUGCCAAUUGUGAACGCUUAUGGUUUAGAGGACUUGUUUUACAAGUAUGGCGUGGAUAUAGAAAUUUGGGCCCACGAACACAUCUACGAGCGAAUGUGGCCCGUAUAUGAUCGGCACGUUUACAACGGCACAGAAAGCGACUCCAAUCCAUACCACAAUCCCAAAGCUCCCGUCCAUUUCAUCACCGGUUCUGCGGGCUGUCAGGAAGACAUCGAUCCGUUUAUCCCAAACCCUCCGCCGUGGAGUGCGGUCCGCAUCCGGGACUACGGCUACACCGAAAUGCUUAUCUAUAAUCACACGCACAUAGACUUCACCCAAUUAUCAACCGAUAAAGGAGGCGUUGUUGUGGACAAGUUUACCGUAAUCAAGGAUAAACACGGACCCGAGGCCUGGCUAUGA